GGGGGCGUGGUCGAGGCCCCGCCCCCCGGCGCCAUGGCCCUUCCCGGCAUUCCCUAUGAGCGGCGGCUGCUCAUCAUGGCGGACCCGCGGGACAAGGCGCUGCAGGACUACCGCAAGAAGCUGCUGGAGCACAAGGAGAUCGACGGCCGCCUCAAGGAGCUGAGGGAGCAGCUGAAGGAGCUCACCAAGCAAUAUGAGAAGUCAGAGAAUGAUCUUAAGGCAUUGCAGAGCGUCGGGCAGAUUGUUGGUGAGGUGCUUAAACAGUUAACAGAAGAGAAAUUUAUUGUGAAGGCUACGAAUGGCCCAAGAUAUGUGGUUGGCUGUCGCCGUCAGCUUGACAAAAGUAAGCUGAAGCCCGGGACAAGAGUUGCUCUGGAUAUGACCACUCUGACUAUUAUGAGAUACUUGCCAAGGGAAGUGGAUCCACUGGUGUAUAAUAUGUCUCAUGAAGACCCAGGGGAUGUUUCGUACUCUGAGAUUGGAGGGUUGUCAGAACAAAUCAGAGAGCUGCGAGAGGUAAUAGAAUUGCCACUCACAAACCCAGAACUGUUCCAGCGUGUGGGUAUCAUACCUCCAAAAGGCUGCCUGCUCUACGGCCCCCCUGGUACAGGGAAAACACUUUUGGCCAGAGCUGUUGCUAGCCAGCUUGACUGCAACUUCCUGAAGGUGGUGUCAAGUUCAAUAGUGGAUAAGUACAUUGGUGAAAGCGCUCGGCUGAUCAGAGAGAUGUUCAACUACGCCAGAGAUCACCAGCCGUGCAUCAUCUUCAUGGAUGAGAUAGACGCUAUUGGUGGCCGCCGUUUUUCUGAAGGCACCUCAGCUGACAGAGAAAUUCAGAGGACUCUGAUGGAGCUGUUGAAUCAGAUGGAUGGAUUUGAUACUCUGCACAGAGUUAAAAUGAUCAUGGCUACUAACAGACCAGACACGCUGGAUCCUGCGCUUCUGCGGCCUGGAAGGCUGGAUAGAAAGAUCCAUAUCGAUCUACCAAACGAACAAGCCAGAUUAGAUAUUCUGAAGAUUCACGCAGGUCCUAUCACUAAACACGGUGAAAUAGAUUAUGAAGCAAUUGUGAAGCUUUCUGAUGGUUUUAAUGGAGCAGACUUGAGAAACGUCUGUACCGAAGCAGGUAUGUUUGCGAUCCGCGCUGAUCAUGACUUUGUAGUUCAGGAGGACUUCAUGAAAGCUGUUAGAAAAGUGGCCGAUUCUAAGAAGCUGGAGUCCAAGCUCGACUACAAACCUGUUUAAGUUAACCAUAUAAUUCAGGAUUGACUGCAGGGGACAUACUGGGUUAACGUCUAAGAAGAGAAAUAAUGUACCUCUUGAUUGUUAUCAUAAGGUGUUUGUAUAACAUGUAGCUAGUAGUUUGGUAACACUAGUUGCAAGUUGGCUACAGAAAUGUUUUCUGUACAACUCUGAAAUACAAUACUCAUUACAGCCCAGGUUAAGUAAAACGCGUGGAGAUGUGUUCUCAUAGCAAUUAUGGUGUGACUUUAUAAAUGUGCCUGGAUGAGUUAGCAGUCUUCAAGAAAGUCAAUUCAUUUCUUGGUUGUUGUUUUUUUUUAUAUCAGUAAAUUUCCUUUCAUCAAACAGUUGAAUAAAAUAAUAAAACUUGUUUAAAUUGGCUUA